AUGGAAACCCCACCGGCCGAAGAGCCCGCCGCCGACCAGGCCGUUACCACCACGUCGAGCGGCCGCCGUUCAACGGGUAGGCGAGCGUGUGUUGAAUGUAGGCGGCGGAAAAUAAAGUGUGACCGACAGUACCCAUGCUUAGCUUGUGUCACGAGUGGGCAUGAGUGCCUGCAGCCGCCUCCCGGGCCACCUCGAAGGCCAAGGCGGCGGAAUCAUCAUGAGCUUCACGACAAAAUUGCUCAGAUUGAGUCGCUUCUGAGGCAGUAUGUUGGAGGUCCCAAUUCUACUCAGCGCCAUGAGUUAGGUUUCGGUCCUGAAUCCCAGGCAACUUCGGCGGAUGAAUUGGGAAGCUUUCAACAGUCCGAUGCCAGCAAGCAGUCGCAGCCGCAACGGUCAAAAGGCCAACUUGUUCAUAAGUUGGAUGGCACCCUAGAGUUCCGCGACAGCAAAGCAAUGACUGUUGUAUUUGAAGACUUACAAACAAUACGGGCUCUCAUAGAAGUUGAGCUAGAUCAAGCAACAUGGCUGCCAGAAUCAGAGACCCCUGGCGAGGCCCAGCAAAGUUGUUCUCUCAACAUGUCCUUCACGUCUCAACUUUUCACCUGUAUCCCCUCAGAGAAUGCGAUCAAAGUCCUCUGGAGCGUGUUCCUGGAGCGUGUAGACCCUCUCACGAAGAUAAUUCACGUGCCUACUUUUAGGACACGUGUGAUUGAUUCUAUGAACAGCUUCACAAGCAUUCCGUUGGCUACACAGGCUCUGAUGUUCUCCAUAUUCUUGACGGCUUCUGGAUCUUUAACGCGACAAGAACAUUGGGAUAAUUUAGGUCAAAGCAAGACUGACGCCAUCGCUAACUUUGAUCGCGGCUUAAGGUUAACCCUCACAAAACUAAACUAUUUGAGAAACCACAACUUGGAGGUACUUCGGAGCUUAGUUUUAUAUUCGUUGUUUCAGCAAACUCGAUAUGGCUCCUACGAUCCGUGGAUUCUCAAUGGUGUCGUGAUCAAUAUCGCCUGCCGGCUGGGCUUACACUUGGACGGGACACACACAAGUCUUUCUCCUUUCGAGUGUGAAAUGCGGCGGCGUCUUUGGUGGCAGAUUGUGAUCUUGGAAACUAGGUCAGGCGGGACUGUUGGAACCGGUUCACAUCUGCUCCCAUCGCAUCGAAAUACUCGCAUUCCACUUAACGUCGACGACGAAGAUCUUAAUCCUACCAUGGUAACGGAACCUCAGCCAAACGUCGGUCCUACGGAGAUGUCAUUUUGUAUUGUGACAUACAAAGCUAAGCAUAAAGUGCUAGCACAACCCCAUCUGUCGUCAAUCGACGAUGUGUUAUUUGGUCCAGUGCCAUCGACAUCCCCUCAACACAGCAGUGCUUCAACAGAACGUUCAGAGACCGUCCACACUCUUCAACAAUUUUCGAAAGAAUUCAACAUAUAUCUAUCUCCUCUGGAAACACAACUCUGUCCUGAUCCUUCUACAAACCCAUUGCAUGGCAUGGCACGGUGCGGCCGCCAAGCACUCAUUCGUAUCGUUGAAAUACUUGUUACGCCUAUGGAAGACACACCGGAAUGGGGAAUCGAGUUGCACAACUCAGAUGACAACUUCUUCCGCGUGAGCCUUGCAGUGAUUGAAGAAGUACUCAAGGCCAGAAAAGCAGCUAGUCAUCGCUUUGCCUGGCACGCAGAUAUCGAUUUCAAGGUGGAGAUAUUCUACUAUCUAGGUGCCCAGCUGCAGAGUCGCAUCUCGGGGACCAUGGCUGACAGAGCCUGGACGGUGAUUGAGGAGACCUACGGGCUUCACGAAGAGCUUUGGGAAUUGGGAGACAAGGAGAACAUGACUCUCGCUAAUAUCCUGCUUGUCGCCUGGGGGAGGCGCAUAGCACACUUUGCUGAAAGUCAGAUUGUAUUACCAGAACCUCCCUUUCUGUGCCGUUUGCGGGACGAGGUAAUGACUAUCAAGGCUCAGGCCUUGGGGCUCUUCUAG